CACACACACGCACACGCACCCGCGCUGCAGUCGGCUCCUCCGGGAGCGGGGACGCCGGGAGCGCAGCGCCCGCACGGCCCGCCCUGCCGCCCGCGCACGGGGCCGGGGCCGCGGCCCGGGAGCCGGCGAGGGGAGGAGGCCCCGGGGGGCGGGGUGGGGGGCGGGGGUGGGUGCUGCCGCCGCCGCCGAGCUGCUCCUCGGCGCCUUUUGCAGGAACAUGGCGGCUCCCACCGCCAGCAAGGCAGCCUCCCUGGGCUGUAACAACAAGCCGGCGUUCCCGGAGCUGGAUUUCAGGUCGGGAGCUCGGGUGGAGGAAUUGAACAAACUCAUCCAAGAAUUCACCAAGCACGACCAGCGCGAAUACGACGACCAGAGAGCACUGGAGAUUCACACCGCCAAGGAUUUCAUCUUUUCCAUGCUGGGCAUGGUACAAAAGCUGGACCAAAAACUCCCGGUGGCCAAUGAGUAUCUGUUACUCUCCGGAGGCGUCCGGGAAGGCGUGGUGGACUUGGACUUAGAUGACCUGAAUGUCUACGCCCGGGGGACCGACUACGACAUGGACUUCACCCUCCUGGUGCCCGCCCUGAAGCUGCACGACCGCAACCAGCCUGUGACUCUCGAUAUGCGCCACUCGGCCCUGUGCCACUCCUGGCUGAGCCUCCGGCUCUUCGACGAGGGGACAAUCAGCAAGUGGAAAGACUGUUGCACCAUCGUCGACCACCACAUGAGCGGUGCCACCAACUACUUCUUCUCCCCGACCAAAGUCGCCGACUGGUUCUACGACUCCAUCAGCAUCGUCCUCUCAGAGAUCCAGAAGAAACCCCAGCGCGGGAUGCCCAAGGUGGAAAAGGUGGAGAAGAACGGGACCAUCAUCUCCAUCAUCCUGGGGGUGGGGAGCAGCCGCAUGCUGUAUGAUAUCGUCCCCGUGGUGUCUUUCAAAGGCUGGCCCGCCGUGGCGCAGAGUUGGCUCAUGGAGAACCACUUCUGGGAUGGGAAAAUCACCGAGGAAGAGGUCAUCAGUGGGUUUUACUUGGUGCCUGCUUGCUCCUACAAGGGGAAGAAGGACAACGAGUGGCGGCUGUCCUUUGCCAGGAGUGAGGUCCAGUUGAAAAAGUGCAUCUCCAGCAGCCUCAUGCAGGCCUACCAGGCCUGCAAAGCCAUCAUCAUCAAACUGCUGUCCCGGCCCAAAGCCAUCAGCCCCUACCACCUCCGGAGCAUGAUGCUCUGGGCCUGUGACAGACUGCCCGCCAACUACUUGGCUCAAGAAGACUAUGCGGCCCAUUUUUUGCUGGGCCUCAUCGAUGACCUCCAGCACUGUCUGGUCAACAAGAUGUGUCCCAAUUAUUUCAUCCCGCAGUGUAACAUGCUGGAGCACUUGUCGGAGGAGACGGUCAUGCUCCACGCGCGGAAGCUGUCCUCGGUCCGCUCGGACCCUGCGGAGCACCUGCGCACGGCCAUCGAGCACGUCAAAGCGGCCAAUCGGCUGACGCUGGAGCUGCAGAGGCGGGGAAGCACCACCAGCAUCCCUUCCCCGCAGUCCGAUGGUGGCGACCCCAACCAGCCCGAUGACCGCCUGGCCAAAAAACUGCAACAGCUAGUGACUGAGAACCCGGGAAAAUCCAUCUCUGUCUUUAUCAACCCUGAUGAUGUCACGCGGCCCCAUUUCAGAAUCGAUGACAAAUUUUUCUGAGCGUUUCCCUGUCUAUUAUUUUCCUCCUGGCUGGUUCUAAAACUCCCUUCCUGUGCCGUGUGGUUUGUGAUGCUGUCUGUCUUUCCGGGUUUUUUGUUUUUUUGUUUUUUUCACCUAUCCACGCUAAAUGGGAGUUUGUUAAGAACUCAGUUUUAAGUUUCCUAAUUCUGCAGAACUUGCAGACUCUGGAAAGGUGUAUUGCUAUUUCAUAUUCUGCCUCUGAUUUUUGUUUACUUUCUGUGGUAAUUGUCACAGAACAUGUUGUGUUUGUUCGGUUUUCUUUUCUUAAGGAGAACUUGAGCCAUAGAUGAAAUGCCCAUGAAUUCUCUUGCUUCUUUGCUCAUACUUUGUACAAAUUUGUUCGUGGUGAUGGGGAAGCAAAUCUCUUUUCGACAAGGAGUUUUGUUUUUUUAUUUUCUCUUUUUAAAAUGAGCUUUCAUCACUACAGAUAUUUGAGGAGCAUCUGAAUCUAGGAACUACCUGAAAAGUCUGCUGGAUUUAUUUCUUUUGACCAGUGAUCAGAGUAAUCCCCUUACCAUUGGCCAAUACAAACUUUGAAAGUGAUCAGUGCUACAAAUUGUGUUUUGCAGCAACUUCACUGAAUGUAAUUGUCCUCAGAUCAGAACCGUUGGAUGGUUUGGAGGGUGUGUUUGACAACUUUAAAAACAAAGUUAAGGUUUCCAAAUGGUAGUGUUAGCGGAUGUAAUUAUUCGAAGCCUUAUUUAAAUCCUAUUACAGAACAUACCGUUAUAAUUGUUAUUUGCACUAAUGAAAUCUUGGCCAUUGUCAGACUUCCGAUGUGUGUGUUUUAGUAUAAAUUGAUGUCCACUGUGGAAACGCUGUCUCUUCUUCUCCCCACAAACCCACCCCGCCUCCACUUAGACUAUUUCUCUCAAUGGACAGAAUUUCUUUAUAUUUGUUCAGUUCUCCUUUAAUCACGGGAACCUAUUUUUCCCUUUUUUGAUACUCCUGGUUCCUAAUUUACUGAGAGAACUUUUUAAAGCUUUAUAUGUGCUCAGAGACUUUAUGGGAAGGUGGGGAGAAAGACUUACUUGAUAAAGUAGAUGUCUUCGUAUGUAUUUCUUUGGGGGUUACAGAGGAAAGUGUUUUUGUAAAGUCUCUUUGCUUUUGCUGAGAAUUUUGAGUAAAACUGUCAGGAAGAACUUGUAAUCCCCUAGUAGAAGCUAAUAUAUCUGUUCGAAAGCAGGUUUUACGCUGGAAUAGGAAUGGGGAAAUAUCUCUGGGUAGCAGAUUUGAUGUGGCAAUGUCCUGUCUUUAUAAAUGAAAUUGCUUGCCAGGUUGAGGGGCCGCAGGAGUUUUGCUUCCUGCUUGGGUAUGAACUGAUGGCAAGGUAUGUUUGGGUAUGAACUGAUGGGAGCUUAGGAGGGCUGGUGAUCUCUCAAAGGAUGGUCGUGGCAUCUGUUCUCAAAAGAUUUAGCAACAUUUUGGUUUUCAUCUUGAAAGUGCAGACUCACAAGUUGGAAUUUGGCUGUUUGAAAUUAGGCAUUUGCGGUCUUGGGUUUUUGCAUGGGAAUUAAUGUAAUGCUUAUCAAUGAAAAUGAAAUCAUUGAACCAUCUUGAGUCAAACACAAAACUAAUAAUAAAAAAGCAUUUUGGCCUUGGAA